AUGCCCCUUUGCUACAACAAUUUUGUACCUGUUUAUAUAAACCAAGUUGAGGUAUGCCAUAUUGAGCUGAUUCUCUUCUACCCCCCUUGUGCUGGGAGUGUUGAUCCAAGAAUGCCGUUUAGUCCGAAAGCUUCUUCCUCCAGCUCCUACCAGAGUCUCCCUCUUGCUCCGUACUCGUCUAAUUCGAUAGAUAUAGAUACCUGCUCUGAUGAUGUCUGUCACAGUACAGACGAAAGCUUAGCACAGGUUGAUCGGGGUCGCAGGAUGGUGAGCCGAAGACUGCUUCGCACAAUUCAACAGUCUUCCCUACGCGACAAUCCUCCUUCGGUUUCCGGUGAGACCACAUCACGAAUUCCUUCCCACCAACUUUCGCUUCGGAAUGGAGUCAUGCCACAUGCUACAUUAUGUUCUACACUCAGCGGCAAGUCUUUUCUAGCACGUAUACACCGGCCUCACUGA